CCCAACUUUACUUUGUUUUCUCUUGAAGCAGAUCCCCCCAAAGUUUUUGCAAGUUUCAGAUUCCUUCUCUGAAUUCCACUCAAAACUAUCCUCAAAUCCCUUCUUCUUCCUUCUCCAGGACGCCGGUUUCAGUCUUCCCGUUGCUUGGAGGAAACAUGAAACCGACGCGGCCGUGCUCCGAUAUUUUGAUUGACUGCAGGCUUUAGUAGCUAAAUAGUAAGGUGUCGAGAUGAGAGGGGAAUCCUCUGGGUUGAUCAUUGGGAUUUCCAUAGGAGUGGUGAUUGGAGUUCUUUUGGCUAUUGUUGCAUUGUUAUGUAUUAGGUAUCACAGGAAGAGGUCUCAGAUAGGGAAUAGCAGUUCUAGAAGGGCUGCAGCUCUUCCUAUUCGUACAAAUGGUGUUGAUGCCUCUACUAUAUUAUCAGACUCAACAAUUGGACCGGACUCACCCGUGAAAGCUGGGCAAAAUGGCAUGACUGUGUGGCUUGAUGGUUUUAAGAGGAGUAAUGUGGUCUCUGUGUCUGGAUUACCAGAGUACUCAUACAAGGAUUUGCAAAAGGCAACAGGUAAUUUUACAACACUGAUAGGACAAGGAGCAUUUGGUCCUGUUUAUAAAGCUCAGAUGUCAACUGGUGAGGUUGUUGCUGUUAAAGUGCUUGCAACUGAUUCUAGGCAGGGGGAGAAGGAGUUCCAAACUGAGGUUAUGUUGCUGGGAAGGUUGCAUCAUAGAAACCUUGUGAAUUUGGUUGGAUAUUGUGCAGAAAAGGGCCAGCACAUGCUUGUGUAUGUGUAUAUGAGUAAAGGCAGUUUGGCCUCUCAUUUGUACAGUAAGCUAGCAACCAACUCUCUGGAUAGAGAUAUUGGUAGCAAUAUUGAAAGCAGAAACUAAAUACUCUUUUCCAUUAUUAUUGUUUUUGGUGAUUUCAAGUUUUGGUUAGGUGAAGCGUUGACUGGUCAUAACCAUUACUUAGAUAUUAGGUGAAGCAUUAUUCGCAUAUCUAGUUCUAUUAUAAUUUAGUAUUUCUUUUUAGUUUAUGUUUAUCAAUUUGGCCACUAGUUCUUAAUGCUAGCCAUAAAACAAACGGGAAUGAAAGCAAAUCAUUCAUUUUUAAGAGGGAAACCAGACUUGCACUUAGAAAUUUCAAUGGACAUGGACUGGUUUCUUCUUUUUGUAGGUGAAAAGCAUGAACUGCUGAGCUGGGAUUUGAGAGUCUAUAUUGCUUUAGAUGUAGCAAGGGCCUUGGAAUAUCUUCAUGAUGGGGCAGUCCCUCCUGUAAUACAUCGGGACAUUAAAUCCUCAAACAUUCUUUUGGAUCAAUCCAUGAGAGCUAGGGUGGCAGAUUUUGGACUUUCAAGAGAAGAGAUGGUGGACAAACAUGCAGCAAAUAUACGUGGAACUUUUGGAUACCUUGACCCAGAAUACAUCUCUACAAGGACGUUCACUAAGAAAAGUGAUGUUUACAGCUUCGGUGUGUUGCUCUUUGAACUUAUAGCUGGCAGAAAUCCUAUGCAGGGUCUUAUGGAAUAUGUUGAGCUGGCUGCAAUGAACACCGAAGGGAAAGUCGGGUGGGAGGAAAUUGUUGAUUCCUGUUUAGAUGGGAAAUUUGAUGUACAAGAACUCAACGAAGUGGCAGCCCUUGCAUACAAAUGUGUCAGCCGUGCUCCAAGAAAACGGCCUUCCAUGAGGGACAUAGUGCAAGUGCUUACGCGGAUCCUCAAAAUGAGGCAUGCCAAAAAGCAUCAGAAGACCCCAUCUGCGACAGCAGAUGAGGUUUCAAUCGAUAUGGACCAUCCGGAAGCCAAGGCUCCCAGCAUUGUGCACUGGAGAGAUGAGUCAAUGGACAGCACAGCUGACACUGAUCUUUAAUCAAUGGUUUUUCCAUUUGUUCAUUUGUUAAAUACAUUGGUUUUGGUUGUAGUUCUACAUACAUGCAGCUCUGAAGGAGUUAGGAGGGCAAGCUGAUUUGCUUUAGUUUGUGAGUUCUCUCGUGUGAGUGAGAGCUAAUGAUUGUUGUUUCUUUUCUUUUCCCUUCUCUUCCUGUAACAUAAUUAGGUCUUUUAUUUAGGUUUUUUUUUUUUAUAUUCCCUUGGCUUUGAUUUUCCUUUUAUUUUUUUUAAAUGACACCAUCCUGAUUUUGUAUGUCAAUACUUUUCACAAAUGAACAUGAUACAAGGAU